ACCGGCCAUUCCCCCACUCACCAGACAAAGUACUGCAAUUACCAUCUCUAUCAAUGGUAUUGGUAGCCACAAAUUCCCCUGAUCAAAACCCCACUUUCACCCCUCGAAUCCAUCAUUAUUAUUUCCUCUACGCUUUCAUCCAUAACUAUAGCUACAGUACUGCUUGUUAUCUCGAAGAGCUUAGUGAUUUGAUUUGGGGUUUUCAGUUAAAGGAUGGACGGAGAAGGGGUUAUUGUGCCGUUGGAUUCUUUCUCUCAACCAGCUUCUUUGAUUAAGAAAACUGCUGUUUCUCGGAGCUGGGUUUCGGUUGAUACUAGCGGACAGAGCACAGUUUUGGAUUUGGAUAAAUAUGGUAUCAUGAAAAGAGUCUCGAUUCACGCUAGAGAUCUGAGGAUUCUUGAUCCGCUGUUAUCGUAUCCUUCUGCGAUUUUUGGCAGAGAAAAAGCAAUUGUUCUUAAUUUGGAGCAUAUCAAGGCCAUCAUUACAACCGAAGAGGUAUUGCUACGUGAUCCGCUUGAUGAUAAUGUCAUCCCCAUUGUUGAAGAGCUUCAAAGAAGGUUGCCUCCGCCUAAUCUAAAUUUUAUGGGCCAAGGUGAUGAUGAAGAGGGAACUGGUGUUCAAUCCGAGGCUCAAACCAGUGAAUCUAAUGAAUUCCCAUUUGAAUUCCGAGCUCUUGAAGUGGCACUAGAAGGUAUUUGUAGUUUUCUUGAUGCACGCACGAGAGAACUGGAAACCGCUGCCUACCCUGCUUUGGAUGAACUGACCUCCAUGAUAAGCAGUCGUAACCUGGAUAGGGUGCGUAAGCUCAAGAGCGCAAUGACAAGAUUAACCAAUCGGGUUCAAAAAGUAAGAGAUGAACUCGAACAGCUAUUGGAUGACGAUGAUGACAUGGCAGACCUGUACUUGUCGAGAAAAUUAUCUUUUGCUUCUUCCGCAAGUAGUGAUGUUGGCGACUUUACCUGGUCACCUGCGUCUCCUACCAUAGAGUCAAAGAUAUCCAGGGCAAGCCGGGCAACACCAUUUUCUACCCAUGGAGAAAACGAUGUUGAAGAACUUGAAAUGUUGCUAGAGGCUUAUUUCAUGCAAAUUGAAGCAACAUCAAAUAAACUGACCACACUGCGCGAGUACAUCGAUGAUACAGAGGAUUACAUUAAUAUUCAGUUGGAUAAUCAUAGAAAUCAGCUGAUUCAGUUGGAACUCUUCCUACUAUCUGGGACAGUCUCAUUGUCUGUUUACUCACUGGUAGCUGCUAUAUUUGGUAUGAACAUUCCAUACCCAUGGAAUAAAAACCAUGGGUAUGCAUUCAAAUGGGUGGUGAUGUUUGCUGGAGUAAUAAGUGGAUCAAUUUUCAUGUCAAUAUUGACUUAUUCAAGACACAAAGGUCUCGUAGGACUUUGACAAGGGUUUCAUCCAAGUGCAUUAUGCCCUUGUACCAUGUAGUGAUGGGUUGUACCUUGAUGAUAUGAGAAACUCUUUUGUGCUUGUAUGGGUUGUACCUUGCUAGAAUAAGAAGUGACGUACCCAUUCAUUUUCCA